UUGUUCUGUUUCAAUCUCAGUGCUCCUUUUCUAUCUCAGUUUAAUACUAAAGAGUAGAUGAAAUGAUAUCCUACUCAGGUAUUGUCUUUGGAAAUGAAUCUGAAGCUGAAGCUUACGGAGAUGUCCACGGUCUCCUUGAUGGAACUGUUCAUGCAACAGCCCGGUAUAUAGCUGACCUACCGUUUGCUGAUGGAGAAAAGCGUAAACGACUGGUCAUUAUAACACGAGGAAAAAACCCUUUGGUAUACACAGACUCUUUUGAUUCAGAAAUCCAUCAAUUUAUGGUGGAGCAGUUUCCAGACGAUCAAAUAAUCGAUACAAAUGGUGCUGGAGAUGCGUUUGCUGCCGGAUUUGUUGCAGAUUAUAUACGUGGUAAACCAAUGGUCACUUCACUGCACUCAGCUGUGAGAGCUGCAACGUAUAUUAUAUGCAGAUCUGGCUUUUCCUUAGGUUCCAGAGAUUCUUAUUUGUUAAAAAUAAACAAAUAG